GAUUUGCUAUUAGCCCACUUGCAGAAUAAAAUGUUGCAUCUCAAGCACCAUUGCAAGCGUUCUUUUAGAAUAUUACAUUCCUCUUUUCUGACUGGAAUCAAUAAACCAGACUGCAUUGUUUGGAACCACAUUUUUGAUACUCAUCUGGUGACACCAGAUAAUACGAAAGCUGAAUGGACAGACCCAACAGCACACCUAACUAUAUGGACAGAAAAAGAUGUCGAAUACUAUUUCAACACUGCUGUUGGUGAUUACAACGACAUACCAGGGUGGGGAGAUGUCAACUACGUGAUUACCUGCAUCAACAUAAAAGAACACUGGUUGGCUAUUGCAGCUGAUAUGAGAAAAUGCAGGAUCUACGUGUUCGACUCAAUGCCAAAUUAUGUUGAGCAGAAACUUGUUGAUGAAGCUCUUCAAAUGCCUGCACGAUGCAUUGCCUCACUCGCGAUUUCAAUUGGAGUCAACCUCCAUUCAGAUCGUUUCACAUAUGGCCCUUGGCCAAUACGCAGAUCGAAGGCCACAUUACAGAAAGGGCGUUCAUUGGAUUGUGGAAUUUUCUGUACCAAAUUUGUUGAAUGCCUUGUAACUGCUAGUGACCUUGGUUGUCUAACUGUGCCAAACAUGAAACUGUUUAGACAACAAUAUGUGCUGGAACUUUGGGCCAAUAAAUACUUUUGCUAAAUAAAAAAAUAUAUAUUCGUUCUUGUA